UUCAAGUGUUCGUUCAAACCCAAAACCCCUUUUCAAAAUCUGCACCGUUCAGCCUCCAACCUGCGAAGUGCGAACCCUCUUCAACCACCACUCUAAUUUUGUCAUAAAUGUGUUGCAACCAAUAACUUGAUUUGAAAUUUGUUCUUAACUUCUUAACUAUGGCGAAGGAAUUGUUGAGUCUUGAUAACGGCACAACUUGUUCAUCAUGGAAUUACUCUUCUACGAGACUCGCUACUGGUUCCACUGAUGCCACUUUUCAAAUAUUCGAUUUUAAGGAUCCUCCUUCUUCUUCUUCUAACUCUCUUCGCUCUUCUUUCAAAUCUAAGGUUCAUGAAGGAAACAUUGUGAAGAUAGUUUGGUUUCCACCAGAGUAUGGUGAUGCAGUUGCAUGUGUUUCCGCUGAUGGAAUUGUCUCAUUGUUGGAAGAGAUUGUGGAAGAUUCACAGCCUCUUCAGUGGAAAGUUCGCAAAACCUUAGGAAGCAGUGCGAGCAAAGUCCUUGAUGUUCAAUUUGGAAUCUCUUCGACUCGUUUGAAAAUGGUUGCUGCAUAUUCAGAUGGUCAUAUGCGAGUUUUUGAACUCUUGGAUCCUUUGGAACUGACAAACUGGCAGCUUCAGGCUGAAUUUCAAAAUGUUAUUGAAUCAGUAUCUUCAUUUGGAAAGGCUUUGUGUCUCUCUGCGUCCAUAACCUUGAAUCCACAGAAGGGUGGAAGCCAGGAAUCCUGCUUCCUUGUAGGUUUCAACUCAAAUACACCCGAGCUUAAUUCUUCCAAGGUAUGGGAGUUUGAUCAAGCUCAUCAAAGAUGGCUUCCCGUGGCAGAAUUAUCACUGCCCGAGGACAAGGGUGAUCAGGUUUAUGCCGUCGCAUGGGCACCAAAUAUUGGCAGACCCUAUGAGAUCAUAGCUGUUGCAACUCACAAGGGAAUUGGAAUAUGGCAACUAGGAUUGAAUCCUGAUCAUAAUGGGAGACUUCCAGUAGAUAGAGUUGCAGUGUUAUCUGGUCAUGAAGGCGCGGUGUGGCAAAUGGAGUGGGAUAUGAGUGGAAUGACGUUGGCUACUACAGGUAACGAUGGAAUGGUCCGAUUAUGGCAGUCUAAUCUCAACGGUGUUUGGCAUCAACAAGCUGCAUUUGAACCUACUUCUUAGCCACCUAGUACUGUUGCAUGCAGCCAUCGUAUGUUGUAAGUAGUAAGCUGGCCUGGAUUUUCCCCACCACCAGUAUUAGUUAUUAAAUAGGAAGACUUGUAUUUAUUUUGUUAUAGGUUAGAUUGACAACAUUCUCCUGUUACAUGAAAGAUAUGAUGAAGAUAACUUUUCACUCGUUGUGGUUAUCGACAAUCGCAAUCCCUUGAUGUUCACACAAAUCAUAUUUUCACUUUUCCAAUGACAUGUUAAGAUUUUCCGCAAUGUGAUAUUGAAACGACACGCUUUGCUUUUGCAACAGCAGAGGAGCUACUGAUAUCUA